UUAGCCAUGGCCUCCAUAACCCAUUUCCUAUUCCUUUCAUGUUUUCUAACUCACAUUGUUUCAACCUUUCAAGCCUCGCCAACCGCAUCCGGCUACGACACCCCCGAACCCAUCUCGAGCUACAUCUACGGCAUCACAUCUAAGACGAACACCAUGAACGUAAUCGAUUCGUGCUGGCAAUCCAAGCCAAAUUGGGCGAACAACCGCCAAGCUUUGGCGGAUUGUGCUGUAGGAUUCGGUAAAGACGCAAUGGGAGGUAAAUAUGGGAAAAUUUAUUUAGUGACCAGCCCAGCUGAUGACCCCGUGAACCCUAAACCGGGAACACUUCGAUACGGUGUGAUCCAAACACAGCCAUUGUGGAUAAUCUUCGCCAAGGACAUGGUUAUCACGCUGAAGAACGAGCUUAUCGUGAAUAGCUUCAAGACCAUAGAUGGAAGAGGGGCUAAAGUGGAGAUUGCGAAUGGACCAUGCAUAACGGUGCAAGGAGUAAGCCAUGUUAUCAUACAUGGGAUUAGCAUCCAUGAUUGUAAACCUGGAUAUGCUGGACUCGUUAGGAGCUCGCCGACGCACGUUGGACAACGACUAGGGUCCGAUGGUGAUGCCAUUAGCAUAUUUGGUUCUUCGCAUGUCUGGGUGGAUCAUUGCUUCAUGGCUCGUUGCACGGACGGUCUUGUUGAUGUUAUCCAUGCUUCCACUGCGAUCACCAUCUCUAACAACUACUUCUCUCAGCAUGACAAAGUGAUGCUGCUAGGACACAAUGAUAAAUAUAGAGCAGACAAAAUUAUGAGAGUCACAAUCGCUUUUAACCGAUUCGGAGCUGGCCUCAUCGAACGUAUGCCAAGGGUUAGAUUUGGGUAUGCCCAUGUUGCCAAUAACAGAUACGACGAGUGGCAGAUGUAUGCUCUGGGUGGAAGUGCUAAUCCAACCAUCUUUAGCGAAGGAAACUACUUCGUCGCUCCUAACAAUAUUAAUUCUAAAGAGGUUACGAAAAGAGAGGUGAAAAAAGGAUGGAAGGAUUGGAAAUGGAGGUCCUCGAAUGAUGUAUUUAAAAAUGGAGCAUAUUUUGUUCAAUCUGGAUGGGGAAGUUGUUAUCCUCUCUACACUCCUACUCAGUCAUUUAAGGUUGCUCCAGGAGACAUGGUUCCUGCUUUGACUUCCACUGCAGGUCCUCUGCCUUGUGUGGUAGGUAAAGCUUGUUAAUUUCCGCGUAAUUAAUUGUAUUUCCACUUGGUUAUUUCGCACCUUCUUUCUUGUGUUUUUUUGGGGACCUCUUUUUUGUUGAGAUGAGGAGCAUAAUAUUACUGCAUGCUGGUUCUUAAAUUUGGACCAUGCUUUACACAUAUGUGGUAACCAGAUCCUGGUAAAGCAGACCAUAUUAUAUAACUUGUAUUUAAGGAUCUGUUAUUGAUAUUAAUCUGGAGAGG